GUACAGAACACAGCGAUCGCCAGCUGCAAAAUCACUUCCAGUUGGCGGCAUGCCUUGGCAUUGCUGGGUCAGAUCCGAUCAGCAGGACUCGAACUUUCAGUUGUCAGCUAUCAUGCAACAUUGUCCUGCUUCCGACCGAGCCACUGGCAGCUACAGCUUGAAUUGGUGAGAGGAUUGUGGCUCUCUGGCCUUCAACCCAAUCAGUUGUCGCUAAAUGCUGCUUUGAAGAUUUGCAGCUGCGCCAGUCAGUGGCAAAGUGCGCUGCAGCAGAGAGGGAUGGCGGCGUGUGCUGGAAUCCAGGAAAAUGCGGCCACUCGAACCACGCUCACAUCGAUUCUGCGAGAUGCGCAGCGUUGGCAGCGUGUUCUGCGACACUUCAGCCAGCUGCAGGGAAGUGUUUCCUUCGACGAAAUUGAACUGCGUGCAGUUGUUGGAGCGGUGAGUCGAGAAAGAAGUGCGUGGACAGUUGUGAACGCUUUGCUCUGCACUCUCCGGCAGGACCUGCUGGAGCCAAGCGGGGGGCUGAUAUCCAGCGUUCUCGUAAAUCGCGACUGCUGGCAGGUCGCGAUCCUGUUGUCGCGUUCUACGAACUUGAUUCUUCGAACAGCAGUGGUGGGAUUGUGCGCCCGGACCGGCCAGUGGACACGCUCUGUAAGUCAUGUUCGGCAGAUGCACGACACGAAGCUUAGCCCCAAUGACCGGACUCUCGUAGCAGUCAUCACGGCCUCGAAAGCGGGAAUGCGCUGGUCGGGUGCCAUCAGCAUACUCAGCGGGAGCCAAGAGAGCCUCGGGCAAACUGCGGGAGCCAACAACAUCCCCUACACUGCAGCGAUGAGUGCUUGCGAGACAUGCACUGCUUGGUGGGCAGCCCUAGGCAUACUCCUGUCACUUGGAGGCCGUCGCGUGCCGGCAUCGGCCGUUACCUGCAAUGCUGCCAUAUGUGCCCAACGCAGAAGUGGAGAGUGGUCACAGACUGUGGCCUUGCUGGAAUGCAUGAAGGUGAUGGCCUUCCGACCGGAUAUGAUGACCGGCGCCAUCUUGCUCACCGGGGAAGGUCGGCUCGCUUGGAUCUCUGCAAUGCGGCUCUUCAGUUCCAUGCGGUCGAGAGGAGUCGCAAGCAUCUCUUUGCUGUCGCUGCGGUGUGCAGCUCUUGCACGCUGGCGCAUUACAUGCAGCUUGCUUGGCAAAAGAUGGGCGAGGGACAUCAGCGAGGAGCUUGCCGGGCAGUUGGUUGAUCUUUGCGCAGAAGCCUCGUGGCGGCUCGGAGCUGCCAUGGUGGUGGAGGCUGCGAGCUUCUCUUUGCGUCCAAACCUGAUGACUUCGACACCGCUCCUGGCUGCGGCAGGGAGGACUGGUGAUUGGAAGAUGUCCCUAGCCUUCCUGGCCGAGGCCUCUGACACAGUAGACUCUGUAGCAAGCUGCGCUGCUGCAACGGCCUGCACGACUUCAGCCUGUUGGUCCUCUGCUCUUGGGCUUCUUUGCUCGGUGCCUUGCGCACGGCUGCCUCUAGACACUGCAGGCGAGAGCACCAAUGCCAUGGCUCUCGAAGCCGGAUCUGCAUGGCAGCGAUUGAUACAGCAGAUUGGACAAGCCGCGUGGCUGCGUGGAGACAUUGGUUUCUGCUGCUCUGUGUCUGGAGCGUGCGAGAAGGCCAGCAAGUGGGCGAUGGCCCUCUGGAUGGCGGCAAAUUUCCAUUGGCUCCGCGUUUCGGAAAGAAUUGCAUGCAACUCGUGCUUGACAUCUUGCAGACGCAGCGGUUGCUGGGAGCUGACGUUGCACAAUUGGAUCGGUUUCGGAGACGGCUUUCAAGAUCUUUUGACCUUGGCCUUGGGUAUUGACGUGUUUGACAAGUGGGAUGUGGUUGACAACGACGCUGAGCUCAUGGUUUUUCUCGAAGGCACGAACUGGCGAAGUGAAGGUACCAGAAUUUCACUGGAAUUGCAGGCUCGUGAUUGGCCGCCAUGUCUCUUGCAGUUUUAUCGGAAGCUAGUGUGCAUCAGCAUGUCGCAGGGGUAUCCUGUCAAGCUCGAGUUCUACUUCUUCGAUAAGGAAUUCGCGUCCGGAACCAUCUCCAAUUCCCCCAACAAGGAGGACGUUGGAAGAUAUCCGCUACAGGCAUGGGGUGGGCAGAUGCCGAUGGACAUUGUGUACCCCUUUACAACUUGUCGCCUGGGCGAAACUGGAAGGCCGGUGAAGUGCCCUGCAAAGGCGAUGGACUUGUUGUACCACUGGAAUUCUGUGGAAGGUGUUGGCGAGUACGUGAGAGACAGCAGAGAUGCUUUGGCCAACAUGCCAGGCAAGAACGGUCUGCCAAAAGAAGACUGGUGCAUUGCGCUGCCGGUGGUGACGCAAGACCGUGACUUCGGAGACCCGCGCAACUCCAGGCUCAUUGAGCAAGGCCUGAAUGCCGAAGACCUGCAGCUUCUGGGAGGAUAUGCCGAGGCUUUGCAUAGAGACGGUUAUGCAUCUUUCGUGAAGCAUUUGCAGGAUGCGUCGUGUCAACGGCGGCAAGACAGCAUUCUACGUGGGGAUCCAUUUGUUGGACUUGCUGCAGGAGGAGGUAAGGUCCGAGACGACAAGCAUCCCGGGAUGGGUUGA